UUUAGGGUUUACACAUGGAUGUAGGAUCUAUAGAUACAUUAUUGCUGUGAAUUUAUGAAUUAAUUAAAUAUUUUGUUAAAUAAAUUUAAUAAAUAGCCUAGAACAAGUAAUUUAAGCAAUUAGGUACUACCCCCGUUCCAAAACAAAUUCAUUUUUCACCGAUCCCACACAUAACAAUACAAAACCAAAUCUAGAAUAUCCACACUAUCAAAUUUCAAUACAAUCAUUUUUUAUUUUAUCUACUCUCAAUACAUUUAUUUCUUACUUUCACAAACUCUGAUAUAAUGAUUACUCUAAAAUGGACUUAUUUCGGAACAAAAGGGCGGGGUCAAAAAUAAAAACUUAGUACGAAACGGAGUGAGUAGAGGAUUUUUUUUUUUCUUUUGAGAUAACGUAUUUUAUAAACGUCCAGCAAGUAAUCUGUAACAAUAAUCCCAUGAAACAGGAUACUCUCGCAUGUGUAAAAUAUGAUAACUCGAAGGGUUCAUAUGUAAAAUAACACAUAUCAAUGUCGUUUCCCCAGUCCCCAUCGCCGAUGAUACCUCUCAAAUCUUCAUCCCCUCGGCCAGCAGGAGUGGCCAACACGCAGGAGCGCCUCGUCGGCGGCGGCGGCGGCGGAGUAUGGCGGCGCGGCCGAUCGCCAAGGCGGCCCACGAGCUUCCGUCGCUGUACCGUUUGGCCCUGAAAACCCCAGAGAUCUUGGUGGGGGCGGGGAAAUCCGGGCAGGCGGACAACGAGGCCCUCGACCUGUUCGACGGAAUGCCCCCGAAGAACCAGGUCGCCUGGAAUAAGGCGCUGGGCAUGCUCGUCGGCGCAGGGCGCAUAGAGCGGGCGCUCUCGUUUUUCCACGAGAUGCCCGGGAAGAACGCCGCCUCGUACGCCACCAUGAUCGGGGGCCUCUCCCGCGCCGGGGCGGCCUCCGUGGCGCGCCGCCUCUUCGACGACCUGCCGCUGGGAAAGCACAACGUGUUCACCUGGACGGCCAUGGUGUCCUGCCAUGUCCGGAACGGGGAGCCCCGCGAGGCGGUCCAGCUGUUCGCGGCGCUCUACGGCGAGCUCUACGAACGCGGGGUGCUGCCCAACGCGCACACGCUCAGCUCGUUGCUCAAGGCCUGCGUGGCUCUCCAGUCGCUCGCCAUGGCAACGCAGCUCCAUGCCCUGGCACUCAAGCUCCUGGAGGAGGAGAAUACAGAUAACACCUUUGUGUGGAACGGUUUGAUCGACGUGCACGCCAAGGUCGGCGCGUUGUGUGACGCCGAGAAGGUGUUCGACGGGAUUCGCUUCAAGGAUGCAAGUUCUUGGACCAUCAUGAUGGAUGGAUACUCGCGGCACAAGCUCAUCGACAAGGCUCUAUAUCUCUUCAGAUCGAUGAAGAACAAGGACGCCUUCACAUGGAACGUCAUCAUAUCCUGUUUGUGGCAGAACCGCCGAGGAGAAGACGCGCUCCGCCUCUUCAUCGAUCUGCUGAGGUUGGGUGAUCGCGACAAUGGCGGCGCUAAGCCGGACGCAUCAAUCUACACGACGGUCCUGCACAUCUGCUCGGUGCUGUCCCUGCUCACCCUGGGGAGGCAAGUCCACGCGCGCGCCGUCAAGAGCGGCCUCUCGCGCAGCCAUGUCUUCGUCGGCAACUCCCUGAUGAACAUGUACAGCUGCUCCGGCUCGACAGCCGAUCUGGAGAAGGUGUUCGACGAGAUGGCGGCGCGCGACGUCGUGUCGUGGAACACCGCGAUACAGGGGCUCGGCCAGAACGGCCGCGGGAGGCGAGCGCUGGCGUUCGCGGAGCGCGCGCUGGCGCUGGGGCUCUACAACGGCAGCACCUUCGUCGCCAUCCUGGCGUCGUGCAGCCACGCCGAGCUGGUCGCCGAGGGGAUGGCCUACUUCGACGCCAUGGAGGUCGAGUACGGGGUGGAGCGCGCGUUCGAGCACUACGUCGGCGCCAUCGAUCUCCUCGGCCGCGCGGGGCGGCUGCGGGACGCGCACGGCCUGCUCCUCGGCAUGCCGUUCGCGCCCAGCGCGCUGGCGUGGACGACGCUCCUGCACUGCUGCCUGGCUCACAAGAACUGCUCUAUCGGGAGCGUCGCGGCGAGGGAGCUCAGAGCGCUGCAGCCCGACGGCGGCGGCUGGAACUACGAGAGAUUGCUGCGAGGCUGCGGCGGCAGCGGCGGCGGCGGCGGAGGAGGUGGGGAAGCCGGAGGCGGGAAGAGCUCUGAACACUUACCAGGAUGCAGCUGGGUCGUCUGAAACUCUGAAUUCAUCAGAAAGUUCAGCUUUCGCAGGGCAUGGUUAACGCGAGCUACAACUUGAGGUUGGAUUCGCGAUGCUGAUCCAAUAAGGAAAAGGUGAUUUGAAGGAAAAAAAUAGUCCCAUGCUGAUACAACAAGGGAACAAGAGAGAUUGAUUUGAAUGAAAAAGCAACAAGAGAGAUGAUUUGAAGGAAAAAGUAGUCGGUGAAUGUUCCAUGGUGAGGUGAAUUCAGAACGAGAAUGGCAUUGAAGCAUCAGCCCCUCAUCAGAUGGGAAUGGAAUACGUGGUCCUUAGAAGCCUGAAGGAUGGAUGGGAGACACAUGCAGUGGAAGAAUCUAACUUGGAAACACAACAGUCCAACAAUACCAACUGCAAUGCGAGGGAUAAUCCGACUUCCAUGUGAACAUGGAUUCAUAUUUGCACGGUAUUUAUGCUGACCAUUUAGGUUUCCUUUCUUUCCAUGUA